AGUAGAGAUAUUAAGUACGUCUCUCUGUAAGCACAUGCCAUUCGUAAUUGUAUAUAGCUGACUAUUUUAUUGAAUAUGAUUCGGAAAUUAUGUGAAAUUUUUGUGAUAUUCACUGUGAUUGCAAGUUGUAUUAGUCAAGAAGAACAGCAAUUGUUAGAACAGUCACUUGCCGCAAAAUAUGGGGAAACAUGUGAGAAUAACCGCCAGUGUCAGUUGACGUUGACAGAAAAUGCAGAAUGUUCUUCUGGCGUUUGCCGGUGUAAAACCGGAAAUCAUUUAUUUUCUGAUGGAAGAUGCUACGUUUCAGUAUUGUUGGACGAGUUUUGUAGAAGUGACGGUAACUGUUGGAUGAGCGACGGGUCAUUUGCAAAUUGUGUGUCUGGACGAUGUACUUGCAAAUUCGACAGACAAGUGCCCUCUGAAGACAAAUUGGGGUGCAUCGAUGCGAGAGGUCUGGGAGAGCGUUGUGACAAUGACAGACAGUGCUCAAUAGUUCCCAAUGCCGUAUGCCGAGUGGACUGUAAAUGCAACACACGAUAUACUUUGUCACGUGAUCAAAAGAGAUGUUUGGAAGCUGCUACUGAAUUCGGUGAUAUGUGCGAAGAGAACGACCAGUGUUCAGCAUUUUUGAAAGGGAGCAUUUGUAAAAAUGGGACAUGCACUUGCGAAGUUGGCCAACAUGGAGUUGGAACUCGCUGCAUACGAACUCUGUCCAUUGCUGAAAGUUGCACAAAAGAUGAGGAAUGCGUUGCACCACGGCACGCCGGAUUAAUAAGUUGUGAUAGUGGAUAUUGCAAAUGUGCUCCUGGAGUUGUCAACGAAUCAAUAGGUUGUGACAGUUGUGUGUUCUACUGUAAUUUCACACUUUUGUUAGUUUCCCUAGUGUGUAUUUUUUCAGGGUUAUGAUAAGAAUAUAACAAUUAAGUUAUUUUUUUUAUAAUAGCAGAUAUGUUGUGAGAUAACUAGGGGACAUUUUUCCAUUUGAAUCUACAUUAGAAAAAAAAAGGUCUAACAUGUCAUUUUUGUAUUUUCCCAAAAAGUUACUAGAUUUGUCAAAAACCCCAAAUAAUAGUCCCUAAAAAUCGAACAUGACGGCAUGCCAAAAGGACACUGAGCCGUAUCUUCGUUGUUAUGUCGACAUAACGUCUACGAAGCGUCUGAAAGAUGGGUUUGAAAAACGUCAAAAUGUAUCUACAAAAGAGUCGAAGGGUCGUUUAGAAGUUUUUAGACGCAAUUAUUGUGAAAUUGGUACGCCAUGACUGCUGUUGAUAGGCUGUUUUGACAUACCGCCAUGUCCGAUUAAUGACUAUUAUUUGGAGGAAUCUAGGGUCUCUUUAAUAUAUCUAGUGACAAAAUCGAUAAGUUAGAUUCAGUUAUCGUAAUUUCCAUGUAUGAUUUUGGGGAAAAAUCUACUUACUUUUUGGGGAAAUCUAGGGACUUCUUGAAGAAAUCUAGUAACUUUUUUGUCGAAUCUGACGUUUUGGUGACUUUCCAAUUGUAUUUAGUGACUUUUUGGACCUCCUUUUUUCUUCGGGGUUACAUGAGAAAACGGCCUCUUCUGUUCUAGUUCUCUCAUAGCAUAUCUACUAAUAUUUUGGAAAAA